AUGAAACGAGCUCCACUAAUAGCGAGACAAGUUAUACGUGCAUACUCUAGCACGGGUCAAAAUGUGCCUCCAUUGUCUUCUUCAUCUUCAUCGACAAGCAACAAACUAACACCAGAGCAACGUUCAAAGCUCAUAGCAAUGUUGAGAGUAGACCAUGCGGGUGAAAUAGGAGCUGAUUUCAUAUACAGAGGUCAGUUAGCUGUACUGGGAUCCACUUCUGAUGCUGGAAGAACAGUCAAGAGAAUGCACGAACAAGAAGAAUUGCAUCUGAAAUCCUUCGAUACAAUUCUCGCAAACAAUCGAGUACGUCCAUCUGCACUAAGACCUCUUUGGGAAACGGCUGGUUUUGCUAUGGGUGUUGGUUCUGCACUACUGGGUAAAGAAGCUGCUAUGGCUUGUACUGAAGCUGUCGAAACGGUUAUUGGUGAACACUACAACGAUCAAUUGAGAGAACUGCUAAAGAUGGAAGGCAAUGAAGAUGUUGCCAAGUUGCAGCAAGUCAUCAAAGAUUUCAGAGAUGAUGAACUUGAGCAUUUGGAUACUGCCGUCAAUUACGAUGCUCAUCAAGCUCCAUUGUAUACCCCACUUACAGCAGUCAUCAAACAGACGUGUCGAGUGGCCAUCUGGGUUGCUCAAAGGAUAUAG